CGUCUCUUCAACUCACGUUUUUAGUUUUUUUCCGACCUUUCGCUUCAACUUGAAGUGCACUUACAUCCAUCGUGACGUCGGACUCGUACCUGCCAGCGGGCCUUCGCUGGCCCGCAUACACCAUGUCCAAAAUUGUGGAACAAUUUUGGAUGUCGCUGUAAAAUGGAAUUCAAAAAGAUUCAUUGGGAAUAUCAGGUGUACCAAGUACAUACUACCAUGAGUCCGUCGACCUAGGCUUAUUAGUACUCGCACAAUAUUCGCACCCCCGUCUCUUCAUAUUACCGUAAGCGUCCAGUAUAAAUGUUCGAUCAUGGCGUUGUUCACUCACCGACUCACAAAUCAUAAAUGCAUCUCCGAGAAACCUUAGCUUCUCCUCCCGGUUCCGCUCCUAUGGGUACACCGGCUGUCGUCGACCCUCACACCAUCUUGGCCUCGAUUCCAAGGUGGCGUGAUGUCCUAGAGCUUACUCAAAAAAACGCCGUUUAUAUGGCCAAGUUCAAAGUCGGAUACCCUAGGUUUUUCAUGCACAACAGUGUUCGGAAGCUCACCGAUGUAUGUCUGGAAGCUGUCAAUGGGGUGGACGGUGAAUUGAUGACAAUGGUCUUUCCAACGCCCCGUAUUCUGCACGAAUGCGUCUCAUAUCUGUCUCAAAAAGGCGGAAUUGAUAAUCCUCAGAAGGUCGGAGACAUACGUGUCGUUCAUUUCGACAUCACAGGUCCUAGUAAAGUAUCAAUGUCUCCUCCAGACUCGAUACAUGUCGUUCUUUUUCCACCCGAGCUUGAAGAGACGGCAAAAGCGUUCUGGCUGAACGCUGGGAUGGGAAUCUCUAGUCGUCACGCCGAAUAUCUUCUACGACGCCUGGAGGAGGGUGAUAUAUUAAUGGUCGUACAACGCCCGUCGGAAAAUCGUCUGAACAAAUAUUCAGGUGCACUUUCGGAGAAGGUCGUUAUGAGACAAAGGAUUGCCGGCCUUCUGAACGGAGGGGACGGCGAUCAACCUGCGUCUCUUCUCGUAGAAGCACCAGACAUCGGAAAACGUCCCAUUCAACCGGAGGACGUCUUUCUCUACCCGAGUGGAAUGUCUGCGAUAUGGCAUGCUCACCAACUAACAAGAACCCUUUUCCCCAACCUCAAAUGUGCUGCCUUUGGGUUCCUAUACGUCGACUCAAUGAACGUUUAUCAGAACUGGGGAGAAGGACUCAUCAACUAUUUUGACGAUCCAGAUGCAACCCUUAAGGAACUCGACCAAAAUCCCCCAAAAAUAUCGGCACUGUACACAGAACUCCCAUCCAACCCGCUUCUAAAAUCUCCAAACCUAUCGAAAAUUCGGAAUCUGGCAGAUCAACACGGGUUUCUUGUAGUCGUCGACCAAACCGUCGGAAAUUUCAUCAACGUUGAUGUCAUAAAGUACGUUGAUAUCGUCUGUACGAGCUUGAGCAAGAUGUUUAGUGGAAGUGCAAACGUUUUGGGCGGGAGUCUUGCAAUAAAUCCAAAUUCACGCCACUACGACUCCAUGCGUGCAUAUCUCCUCAGCGAAUUUGUCGAUGAUUUCUAUCAUGAGGACGCGAUCGUGAUGGAAUACAACUCUCGAGAUUUCGCUAAACGGGUUCGUACCGCCAAUGCGAACACUAUGGAAAUCGCGACUUUGCUUCGCUCACGUUCUAUUUCGUAUUCGAAUAGCUCAAAGUCGCAUGCUCCCAACCCUCGUAACCUGCUCGCUGUUAAGGAUGUUUACUUCCCGCGAUGGGUAACGAGGGAUGAAUACGAGAUAUGUCGACGCCCUUAUCCGGACUCGAAUAACUAUGGACAACUUAUUACCAUAACAUUUGUAUCCACCAAAGCAUCUGAAGCGUUCUAUGAUGCCUUGCAGUGCGUUAAAGCGCCGUCGAUAGGUACCAAUUUCACAUUGGCAGUUCCCUACGUGGUGCUGGCGCAUUACCACGAGAGAGACGUUGUUGCGAAGCAUGGUCUGGAUGAAGCACUUGUCCGCUUGAGCGUGGGGAUCGAAGAGCAAGAUGUAGUAAUUGAAUGGGUUGAGACUGCACUCGAGGCAGCUGAGAAGACACUUGAGGUGGCAGAUAAUCAACACAGACUAGCACCAUUACUUUAA